AGAUGAUAUAAUAUCCUUUUUUUAGCUUACCCCCAAAACCUCACCAAUAAAUGUCAAGUGUACAAAGAAAAUUGUUGAAAGAUUAAUAUGAAAUACUUUCUACAGAUCUAGGAUAAGGGACAUAUGGAAAAGUAAAAUUAGCCAUAAAUAGAGCUAACAACAAGAAAUGUGCAAUAAAAAUAGUAUAUAUAAAUGUAUAAAAGCUAGAUAUCCAAAAGUUAUAUAAAUUAAUACAAUGCAAAAUAACAUAUUGAUAAUGAGAUUAAUUAUCUAUAAUGUUGCAAACAUAAGAAUAUUGUAGAGUUUAUAGAGACUUUUGAAGAUAAGGAAAAUGUUUACAUAGUUUUGGAAUACUGUUAGAAUGGAACUUUAUAUGAAUUAAUAAAAAAGAAGAAAGUUUUUAAUGAAGAUGAAGCUUUUUCUUAUUUUUAUUAGAUAGCUUAAGCAAUACAAUAUUUACAUGAAAAGGACAUAGUACAUAGAGAUAUAAAAUCUGAUAAUGUAUUAUUAUAGAAUAACACAAUUAAAUUAUGUGAUUUUAAUUGGUCAAUAUAUUUACCAAAUGGAGGCAAAGCAAAACCUUGUAUUUGUGGAACUACUGAAUACAUGCCUCCUGAAGUUGUUAAGAAACAGAAACAUGAUAAAGGAGUUGAUGUCUGGGCUCUUGGUAUAUUAUUACAUGUAAAGACUGUUAAUUAAUCAAUAGUAUAUGCUUCAUGGAGAAUUACUUUUUAAAGCAAAAAGUAAGGAAGAAUUACAUGAGAAAAUAUGCAAUAAAUAAUUAAUUAAAUUUAAUGAUCACUUAUCUAUAGAGUGUAAAUAAUUAUUACAGUAAAUGCUUUCUCAUACUAAACGAUAUAAUAUUUAAUAAGUAUUGAAUUCUGAAUGGGUAAUCAAAAUGCUUACUACUAAAAAUAUUUCACAUCCUUUAGAAUUAACUCCUAUCAAAAAUAGAUCAAGUGCAUAUGAAUUAACUAGAUUUAGUGUGGUUUCAGAAUCCACUUGUUUCUCGAGUUCAAAAUUCACUACUAAAUCUUAUGAUAUUGAAUCUCCAUUUAAAUAAUCAAAUAAUUGGAUGAACUAAGUACCAUAGCCUCCAUUACCUUUGAAAGUUAAGAGCACGGCUUUAGAUCAAAAUAUUACUGCUUUCAGAAUUGAAAAAAGACAAAUUGACUGA